ACCGGUUAUUGGAGGUCAGCCUCUUGUGGCGUGAGCUUGAAAUGUGAACCCAGAAAUGUCAUGAAGUGAAUCUGAAGAAAGCAAUCAGUGCCUUCAUACACGCGGAAUCGCGUUGUCUUCAUGGCGUGAAUCUCCUUUGUGUAGUAAACUGUUGCGAGCGGAAGUUUUAUUGUAACAUAAACGGGCAGUAGUUGAUCCGUCCGUUUUGCCCUACAGAGGCCUGCGCUGUUACAUAUAGCAGCAGGAUCAAUGAUCCUCGACAAAGGACUCGUCCGUUUUUUAUUUUGAGCACAUUAAAGUAACAACCAUGAGGAAGGACGUGAGGAUAUUACUGGUCGGAGAACCCAAAGUGGGGAAGACCUCUCUGAUCAUGUCACUCGUCAGCGAGGAAUUUCCUGAUGAGGUUCCUCCCAGAGCUGAAGAGAUCACUAUUCCUGCAGACGUCACACCAGAGCGAGUACCCACUCAUAUAGUGGAUUACUCCGAAGCAGAACAGUCAGAUGAGCAGCUUUACCAAGAAAUAACAAAGGCCAAUGUUAUUUGCAUCGUCUAUUCAGUGAACAAUAAGAAAUCAAUUGAAAAAGUGACGAGUCAUUGGAUUCCACUCAUCAAUGAAAGAACGGAUAAGGACAGCAGAGUGCCACUAAUCCUGGUGGGCAAUAAAUCUGACCUGGUGGAGCACAGCAGUAUGGAGACCAUUCUACCCAUCAUGAACCAGUACUCAGAGAUUGAGACCUGUGUAGAGUGUUCAGCUAAAAACCUGAAGAACAUUUCUGAGCUGUUUUAUUACGCCCAGAAGGCUGUUCUUCACCCCACAGGACCUCUGUACUCUCCAGAAGAGAAAGAGAUGAAGCCGUCUUGCAUCAAAGCACUUACUCGCAUUUUCAAAAUAUCAGACCUGGAUAAUGACGGCAUUCUGAAUGAUAAUGAGCUUAAUUUCUUCCAGAGAACAUGUUUUAACAUACCACUGGCACCUCAAGCCCUGGAGGACGUCAAGAAUGUCGUGCGGAAAAAUAUGACAGAUGGAGUCAAAGACAACGGCCUUACACUGAAGGGUUUCCUGUUCCUUCACACACUCUUCAUUCAGAGGGGGAGGCAUGAGACCACAUGGACCGUGCUCAGGAGGUUUGGUUACGAUGAUGAUCUGGAGCUCACACAAGAGUACCUGUUUCCACUGUUUAAAAUACCUCCAGACUGCACAUCAGAGCUGAACCACAAUGCCUACCUCUUCCUCCAGAGCGUGUUUGACAAACAUGACAAAGAUCGAGACUGUGCCCUGUCUCCAGAUGAGCUGAAGGAUUUGUUCAAGGUGUUUCCCUACAUGCCCUGGGGUCCUGAUGUCAACAACACAGUCUGCACCAACGAGCAAGGCUGGAUCACUUACCAAGGCUACCUUUCCCAGUGGACACUUACAACAUACCUAGAUGUGCAGCGGUGUUUGGAGUACCUGGGAUAUCUCGGCUACUCCAUUAUUCAAGAGCAGGAGUCACAAGCAGCUGCCAUCACAGUCACCAGGAACAAGCGUAUCGACCUGCAGAAGAAGCAGACCCAGCGCAGUGUUUUCCGCUGUAAUGUCCUUGGGGCUCGAGGCUGUGGUAAAAGUGGCUUUCUGCAGGCUUUCCUGGGCAGGAACCUUGCGCGUCAGAAGAGGAUAAGAGAAGACCAUAAGUCUUAUUAUGCCAUUAGCACUACUUACGUUUAUGGACAGGAGAAAUAUCUGCUCCUCCACGAGGUGCUUCCAGACGUGGAGUUUCUCUCUGAAGCUGAUCUGGCUUGUGAUGUUGUUUGUCUGGUCUAUGACAUCAGCAACCCACGCUCUUUUGAAUACUGCGCUAAAGUCUACAAGAAACACUUCAUGGACAGUAAGACCCCGUGUGUGAUCAUUGCUGCCAAGUCCGACCUGCAUGAAGCCCGUCAGUACUACGGUCUCUCCCCGCUGGACUUCUGCCGAAAACACAAGCUUCACCCACCACAGCUGUUCACCUGCAACACCACCGAUGCUCCUAGCAAAGACCUUUAUACCAAACUCACCACUAUGGCCAUGUACCCCCACGCCAAGUUACGCUGCAUGUGCGGCUGCAACAGGUGCACCUAUUGCAUCUGUCACAACCUCCUGAACUCUGAGCUGGUGCGCUCGGUAAAGGCCAAAUUCUCCAGCGCUGUUCUCAACAGGUUGAGACCUUUUAUACAAGAUGUGGGCACGUUUCUGUUGGCUGAUGAGGAGUCCAGCCUUACCCAUCAGGUUCAUGCAGUCAGCUUUGUAGAGGACUCGGUCUUCAUGGAGUCAUCUGUUGACCCGUUUGUGCCCGCUUGUAACAGACACAUGACCCAAGCUGACCUGAAAAACUCUACAUUUUGGCUGAGGGCGAGCGUUGGUGCCACGGUCUUUGCUGUUCUGGGCUUUGCCAUGUACAAAGCUCUCCUCAAGCAGCGGUGAUCAGCGCAAAAAAACAGCAUGUUACUGCAAACCCAAACCCACGAUGAUCCCUCAUUCCAUCCUCGUUUCAUUUAGGAGAGAAGAUUCCUAGUAAAUAGCAUAGUACAUUUUGUAGAGUAAAAACUGCCUUUCCCAAACCAAGUGUUACAGGAACUCUAUUUGUUGGAACGGGACGGGAUUUUAAGAAGUCACGGAAAGAACCUGUAAUCGCGACUCCUGCUCUUUUCUGAUGGGACGGUUUUUAAUUUAUGCACACUGAUGUUUUCCUCAGGUCAGUAUUAACUGGUGUGACCUAUGUUGGAGAGGGACUGCAGAGAGGCUUGAUAGGUGACUGAACACUGUUUAUAUGUAUGUAUAUAUAUAUAUCUAUCUUACUGGACAUUCUACGAUUGUCUCUAGCUAGCGAACAAACCAUAUUUUAUCCCAUAGUGCUUGAGGAAGAAGCACUGAAACCAAGCCAUUUCUCACGUCCAGGUCAUUUUGCUCAUUAAACAUCACCAUUGUGUUCAUUAUUAGCCUUAUUUCUGUUUUUGGGCAUACAAGAACAAGGAAUUCUUUUUUUUUUAUGCAAUAUUUCAUUUUUAUUUUGAUAAGUUAUGCAUUUAUUUCUUUCUUUCCUUACUACCCAUGGCCUUCAUGAAGAAUAUGCACACAAUUAAAACCUUUUUAUGUUCAGUAAUGAGAUGCCGUAACCGGUUUGUUUUCAACCAGACUAAAUAGGACCUGCUUAUUACAUUAAAAAAAGACGGUAUGAAUUAUUCCCAACUAGCAAUCAUGUAGAGACGACGUCUUUUUUUUGUUCUGAUGUUUCAGCUCUUAUGCAUAUGUAACUUUUGAGUGCAGUUUUUCCCUCUUUAAGACCACGGGAUUGUUGCGCUUGUGGGUUUUCAGUCAUUUACAAUAAAUAAUGGUGUGAAUAA